CAUCGACUGAGCGUCAUGUCUAGGAAGGAUGACGUGGAGACUCAGUUUGGACGGGUCCACUGCACCAUGAAGGGGGUUCCCAAGGGCAGUCGCCCCGUCAUCAUGACCUUCCACGAUAUUGGACUGAACUACAAGUCGUGCUUCAACCCCCUGUUCAGCCACGAGGACAUGCAGGAGAUCAUGAGACACUUUGCAGUGUGCCACGUUGAUGCCCCUGGGCAGCAUGAGGGUGCCUCCACUCUCUCCACAGAGUACACCUACCCCUCUAUGGACCAGCUCUCUGAGAUUCUCCCUCAGGUCCUCAAGCACUUUCGGUUUAAGAGUGUCAUUGGACUGGGCAGUGGUGCUGGUGCCUACAUCCUCGCUAGAUUUGCUCUGAACCAUCCAGAUAAGGUUGAGGGACUUGUCCUCAUCAAUAUCAAUGCACGUGCCGAGAGCGUGAUAGAUUCACUUACACACAAGAUGACUGGCUGGAUCCAAGCACUUCCUGAUCAUGUUCUAAACCACAUGUUUGGAAAGGAGGAGAUCCAGAACAACCCUGAUCUGAUCGCCACAUACCGCAACCACAUCACCAAUGAUGUCAACCAGUCCAACCUGGCCCAGUUCUUCAAGUCCUACCAGAGCCGCAGGGGCCUGGAGAUGGAGAGGCCUGUCCCAGGGAGAAACAUUAACGCCAGAACUCUGCAGUGUCCUGCUCUGUUGGUGGUGGGAGACAGCUCCCCUGCAGUCGAGGCUGUGGUCGAGAGCAACGCAAAGCUCAACCCAACACAGACCACACUGCUCAAGAUGGCUGACUGUGGAGGACUUCCCCAGGUGAGUCAGCCUGGCAAACUGACAGAGGCCUUCAAGUACUUCAUCCAGGGCAUGGGUUACAUGUCCUCAGCCAGCAUGACCAGACUGGUGAGGUCCCGCACCGCCUCAGGCUCCAGCAUCGCCUCCUGCGACAGCAGCAGGAGCCGCUCUCACACCAACGACCACCAGCCCGCCCGGGAGCACACCGACGUGUCCAUGGAGAAUGUCUCCAACAGCACCGUAGAUCAGACCGUUGUCGUGUCCAGCAGCAAGACUGAGGACGUCUGCUAG